AUGAGUUCCUUCAUGAAGAAGACCGGCGGCCUGGCCUUCAAGCCAAAGGUCGGUCGUCGUCCUGGACCUGCAACUGCAACUGCAUCCGCAUCCGCAUCCGCCUCAGCAUCGGCAGCUGCGUCACAAACCACCACAAGAGCUCCGACCGCAGAACCCUCGCAACCAUCCUCUGUCACUCCCGCUCCUGCGGCACCUACUCCUAGUCCUGCUCACGCGCCUUCCGAAGAGCCUGCAGCAAAGCCGCCUUUGCCCCCGAAUCCAGAUGAACCACAGCCACCACCUGCCCCCACAGCUCAGUCUUCGAGGCCUGCCGAGUCAGCACCAGCACCAGCAUCAGUACUCGCUGAACCGGCCAAUCCAGCUCCGAGCCAGCCAACAAUACCUAGGCAAACUCCCUCGGCGACCCGUACAGUUCCAGCAUCACAUGGCAGACGCCAAAAUUCAACACCGGCGCCGAACGCCGGACAUGCCCAGGCCGCAGUUUCUGACACACCUGGGUCGAGUCUUCCUGAUUCUGCCUCACGACAUCCCCUUCCUCACUCGACAAGUAGAUCGCAGCCUCUAGUGUCUCCUGUGACCCAAGAACCCUCGACUGGUGUUACAACCGCCACUGCUACUGCAGGUCUGCCAAGCCCUGCCGUGACCGCUAUUCGUCAACCAUCAGCAGCGCCUGGUAAUGCAACCCCAUCGCCAUCACCCUUGCCCAGCUCCGAGACUGCGCCGCUUCCCACACCGUUGAGUCAGCCUCAAGCAGACGGCACUCAAGAGAAUGGUGCCACUGGGGUUACGCCGUCUACGGCCGGUGCUCCAGUGAAGAAGCGACAGUAUCGCAGACGCAAGCAGCCGGCUGACGCAGAAACCGAAGCCCAGGAAGGCGAAACACCCGCCCUAGAGCCAAAACGUCCGAGGAAGAGGAAGGCCCCUACAACAGCUGUUGAGGGGCAAGAAGCUGAGGCUCCAGCAAGCGGCGAGGCGGCGGCAGCAGCAGCACCUCAGCGCUUCCGCCGCCGCCGCAUAACUCCCGAGCCUGAUACUAUACCUGAGGAUGGGCGGCCUGAUCAUACCACAACCAAGAUCGGUGAUUUGACGAGAGACUUGGGCAUCGGAAAGAAAUUCAAGCAUGCAGAUCUCAUCGCGGAACGUCAGCGACAAGCUAAACACGAUGCCAAACUGCGGAAGCUCGAGAGACAAAAGCGGGCUAUGGGCUUACUCCCGCCAGAAGAGAUUCCACAAAACGGUUCACGCGGGGAAAUGCCUGCAGGUGGUGAGGGCGGGGACAACAUUGCUUCAGGCGCGCAGGGCAACAGAGGUCAGGGUAUUGACUUCGACAUUAUCGAUGGUCAGAUCAUGAUCAACCAAAGCUCCCUGGUCAUUAAUCAGCACGCCGUUGAGGCCGACGUUCAACUCGAGACGGUCGAGGAAGACGAAUUCACCCACUUGACUACUUCCGCAUCCUACAUGCGGCCCUCACGCGCCCUGGGCCCGAACCACUGGGAUGAUGAAGAUACAGAGAAGUUUUAUAAGUACCUGAAGAUGUUCGGUACUGACUUUGAAACCAUCAGUCACAUGUUUCCAGGCAGGAAUCGUCGACAAAUCAAGCUCAAGUUCAACAGGGAGGAAAAGCACCGACCUAACCGCGUAGACGCUGCUAUCAUGGCCAAAGGCGAGAAGAGAGUGGCGAUCGACAUCGAAGAGUACAAGAGCAACCGUUCCGGGUUUAAUGACCCAUGGAUCACGCCGGAUAAGUUCCAUGCGGAACAGGAGCAGCUACGACAGGAACAGGAGAAAGAGCUCGAAGCGAAGAGGCAGGAACGAAGAGAUCUGGGCCUCUUGGAGGACGAGAUCGAUCCCAGCAAGAAGUCUGGCACCGACGACAGCAAAGGACAUGGCGAGGAAGAAGUCGAAGAGGAACUUCUCGUGGACGAUCAAGAUGUUGGCGGCGCAGCAACAAUGGUCGCAACCUGA